AUGGAUAGUUCAAAGCCAUAUGCAGAGAUUCAGGUAUGGGAUCAAGACAUGUUAGAGGAGGUUACAAUAGUUGAGGAGCCAACUAUAGUUGAUUUCCACCAUCUUGUCGAGCUGACGAAUUACACUGAUGGGGGCUCUUCUCAGUUGGCACAACUUGUACAACAGUGGGAGUAUGAACAGGCAAAUGCAGUCCGCAUUCUGAGAGAAGAGCUUGAUAGCUUAAGCAAACAAAGGGAGGAAGUUGAGCUCAAGAAAGGGAGGAUUUUCAGUCCGAGGAAGAAAGAUAGAGUGAUUUCUAUAUAUCAAGACAUCCCUGGGAUAAAAGGAGAUAUCAUUGUUCAAAGCAAGGGAGAAUUCGACACUGUUGCAUACUGGAAACAGCGAGCAGCACAUUCAGAGAAAUUGUCGGAGGCCAGUGUCCACAGAGAGCAGUUACUGAUGGAGAAAUUACAAGAAAACUUACAAAAUUUGGAAAAACAAUCGACACCGGUUGAAGAGUUGACACAGAUUCUGAAAAGGGCUGAUAAUUUCUUACAUUUUGUACUUCAAGAUGCUCCAGUUAUCAUAGGCCAUCAGGAUAAAGAUUUAAGAUAUCGCUUUAUCUAUAAUCGGUUUCCGCAUUCGCAAGAGGAAGAUCCGGAAAAUCCUUACCAACUUGAUCAGCAAUGCAAUCGAGUUUACCCACGAAGGAAGGUAGGGAUAAACCUCUACGUCGUAUCGGAUCCAUGUUGUAGAAAAGGUGAAGGAAACCAUCAGAAGUCAUCUGCAGACCAGUCAACCGCAAGGGAGCUAAAAGAAGAUAAGCCUAAGUUGUCUUCUCAAAGUAGCAGUGAUCGAAAAAGUUUCCACAGUAAAAAAUACAGUGACGGACGGCCCAUAUCCAAAUCAUUUCCCAAGUGA